AUGGGAUGGCGAUCAGCUCCUCGAGGCAGGGAGUGCGUCGGACAGACGGAGGAGCGGAGUGGGGAGAGCGGAAGACGCUCUGUGUGGUGGGAGGACUCUUCCGCAGGCGCCCUGGACCCUGCAUUCCCAUUCCACGGCCGCGACAGGCUGCCUGCAGGAAGGCCGAUUGCCACGGGGGCCCCUCCGGCGCUCCCCGGAGCGUCAUCGACACUUCGCAGCGGCUUGGCAGGCGGCGAGAUCCGGUACUCCUUUUGGCCUUACGCUGAAGACAGAGACGUGCGGACGCAUGGCGGCGUACGAGGUCACACUCCGAUGGUGCCGUAUCCUCAGGACCCCCGCUCGUCUGGCCCUGGGGGCGUUGGCAUCGCGGUCUCCAGCGUCGCGCCUGAAGGCUUCGCAAGAGGGUCUUCUGGAAUGGGGCCGUCCCUGUCCCCGUCUUCUUCACCGACUUUCCCGCGGGGAGGAAGACUUGAAGGCGUAUCUGGGCAGUCGCGUCGAGGACGCGUGGCAGAAGACGAAGAACCAAGGGACAGGGCACCACACGACGGAUUGUACUUCCCAGGAGACACGUUCCACGGUGAGGGCCCUUUGCCUUUGCAGUGGGGAAGGAGCCCGCCGAUAGGGAGGGCGCGUAGGGACGGUUCGCUGGGAGACGCCAAAGCUCCUCCUGCCUUCGGUUGGAAACGGGCACUCUCACGCCGCACACGCCACAAGCCUAGAGGCACGACAUGGGGGGAAGACGAGGCGGCGGAAGGCGCCGAGGUGGGAGGCGAGGGGGAAAGCGCCAGCGUGGUGCCUGCUGAAUACGUGCGGGGUCUGUAUAGUAGCAGUGAACGACGAAGAGAAGAUGCCGUCCAGCAGAUCCGGAUUCACCUCGAGGUCAUGGUCAGAGAAGGCAAGGGUGGCGUUGGACGAAUCGUUGAAGAGGUCUGCGCGUGGCUCUGGAACCUCAUUAGCAGCAGGCAACUCGCCAUGCAACUUGGAGCUCUCCAGUUGAUGUGCGCCCUCCUUGUGGGGCCCUUUCUGUACUGGGAGAAUGAAAAACUUCAGCUCCCGUUCCUCCACCUUGCGUGCGAGGCCCUACGCUCUGCUGCGCGUCCUCCUGUCGGCGAAGCUGACAGCGACUACGCACAAACGUGGCUUACUAGCGCUUUCGAAAGACGAAGGCGGAAACUAGAACCGCUCAUCACAGAGGGUCAGGGCCUCCUGGCUUGCAAAGUUGCCGAAGCUAUCAGCGCAAUCGCAGUUUCAGGCAACAACACUACAUCUCCGAAGACGCUCCGGGAUUUGCUGCGCGUGUGCUGCAUCGGCUGGCUUCGCCGAGGCCAGCCGGCGCUGCAUCAGCUGACGGCAGUUCGAGUCGUGGGGCGCCUAGCCAGAUCGAGACCUGAAGCCGUCCCGGCGGAUGUCCGGCGGGCGCUUUUAGAGAGCCAUCUUUGGGCAGCAAUUCACCACCCGUACCAGCCUCGGCUGCGCAAAGCUGGGGUUAUCACUCUGCGUGCCCUCCUGACCGGCCGGUCUGCUUCACAAGAGAAACGGCGUGAAGGAUCGAGACGGCGCACACUUCACGGCCUUCCUUCGGGAUUUUUUGAUAACCGGGCUGCUCGCGUUUCGCUUGAAUCCCGGGAUGGCUUCCUCGCGUCCGCUUCGGGAUAUAGAGAGUCAGGUCCCCACAAGGAUGCGCUACGCGGACUCGACCAUUUCUGGAAGCACCUGCUCAAGGGGCUUGCCGCGGGGCACGGUGCUGCCUACGCGAGGGGCGUGCAGAAACAGAGCAUGCAAGGUCGCCACUCCCAGAUGGAAGGGACGGGUGCACAUGGAGGUGACGAGCCCGGGGGAGCCUCUGCUGCUGGGCCUCGGGAGGGACAGCCGACACGGACUGAGGAAACGACGCCGGGGAGCGGUAUGCGCAAGAUCAAUGAACCUCACCUGCAAGGAAAGAACAGGUGCAAAUCGGGAACCCCCGCAGCCUGCUCCUGCGGGUCGACUUCUUGGCUGGCCUACCACGUUGGUGGACGAAAGAAGGACUGUGGAUCCACCGGCGCCCUAGUGUCUUCCUGCGCGGUGUGCAAAGCUGCAGCACUGCAAGAGGGAUCCCUCUUGGCGCUGGCUGAGGUGUUCGAAGCGUCUCGGGAGAACGAAGACAUUUUGGUUCAGGUCCGACAACAGUCGCCUCGUAUCAUCCCCCUGCUACAAGAGCUCUUUGCCUCAUUUUCGACUCUCGCACAUCCCACGAGGGUGGCGCUCUCACGUGUCCCGGCGCUUCUCGCGUCUCUCAGGGACGAAUGGUUUUUUGAACAGGGAGGCCUGGAGGCGUCGAUUGCCUGCGUCUCAUCUCUCCUUCGCGACCACCCUCGCGUUUUCAUGCCCGAGCCAGACACGUGGUGCUCGCCAAGCAGCCCCGAAACAGCAUCGCCGAAACCCACUUUGAGCCGGCGAGACCUGACGGAUCUGCCUGAGAGUGUGCCAGUCCGGGCGGCAUUGAGCCAAAGGGAUCCCUCGUCCGUGAGAACGGCUGGAGGCAAGCAGGGCCCAUCUGGCAUUCCGCCAGACGCGAGGCCACGUGAGUGUGGCUUGAGAAGACACUCUCUUGUAACUACGGAGCAGUCUCCCGACAGUUACUUCCCUGCUGAGGCAUCGGCGGCGCGGCAGCAGUUAGGUGAGGCAACUGGCGUCGGGCAGGAAGCCAGGGCGAGAAGGGCAGCGUUCCUGGCUUCGAGCCCUGCAAGCAGAGACAUGCGAUGCAGACAGAGAUCGCAGACUUGGGAUGUCGAUAAUUUCCUUUCCGGCUCACGGCUUUCCAAAGAGAGGCUGCACGCAGGACGCCACCAGCACUGGAAAAACUCAGCUCUUUGCUCAAGGCCCCUGCCGAAGGGCCUAGGUACAGCGAAUAAAGAGCUGCCGCUUUCUGCCUUUCAUCCCUCUGAGGCACCGCUUUUCGCCUACUCCAUGUCCAAAGAAGGAGGCCGGCAGAGCAAAAACCGUCGAGUGUGGACGCGGUACGGGAUUGCCGGCCUUUCCUCGUGGUCCAGCUCAGCGUCAGGCACUGCGAAAGCCAUAGGGGCGGAGAGAACUAGCUUUCAGAAUGGCGUGGCGGCCAUAAAAUGCCAAGCAGCGGAGGCGUGUGCAGCGUUCAACUGUCUUGCCGACCUCGCACUGCUCCUUCCGGAGACUAUGGAGACUUUUGUGGAUCAAUUCAUUCCGGAUUUUCUUCGAGCUAUUGAGCUGACCCUGAUCGGCGCCCCGAGUGCCUCGACUGAGGACACCGCUGACGCAGCGGGCGGAAUGUGUUUCGAGAGAGAGUCGUUUGAACAGACUCCGCGGGACGAAAUCUCACGAGCUGUCCAAGAGGAAUAUGGCGGCGUACACGUCCGCAUCCGAGUGCAACACUCUCAGGAAAGAGGAUCCCAAGAAAUGGAGGAGGCAGUCGAAGGUUCGACGCUGCAUCGAAGAGAACUGACAUCUGCCGAAGUUCCGUGCGGCGUUAGCCAGUCGCCGACCGCGAUUGACUCGAACAGAGAAACACCACAGUGCAUUUCACUGGCCUCCGACAGCAGCACUGAAGGCGUUCGGCCUGCCCACAGAAUCGUUUUCUCGUCCCUGGAGGAUCAGCUUUGUCACGACUGCCAACAACAGCACAGGGAAGGUGUGGAGGCGACUGAGAAGUUGGUGCAGCAUGCCGCCCUGCAGUGCGUUUCAAAACUGAUUCGGGCGUUCGGAGGCCACAUGAAAGGCCGCCUUGACUUUCUGCUCCAGUCCAUGUUCUCUGGAGGCAUCAAUCGAAACCUUCUAGAAGCUCUGCGCCAUCUGGUUGACUGCCCCCACAUUCGCCGGGCCGUUCAGGACCUUUUCUUGCAUCGCAUCCAAGAGGACCUCGUGGCCUCCAGGGGAACGCCCUCUCAUCAGAAGGCGCCCCCUUCUUCUAGCACGGGGCCUCGCGCGCAAGGCGUGCAUCCGUCAGAAAAUUCAUAUCUGCGAAGAGAUACCUGGGAGGCCCGCCUGGGUGACGGAGAAGGAGGCUUGCGGCCGACGAUGGCGCGGACUGCUGAGGAAAGCAGGACAAGCCAGACUGUCAUUCAAGACAGAGACUUCACUCGCCAGCAGACCAGGCCUUCGACAUGCAUCCGCUGCGGGAGGCGGGUCACUGCGACGCCGCCAAGCGAAGGCGAAGAAACUCGUGGACUCGAUAAGACAAACAACGACAGCACGAGCGCCAUCGAAACAAUGCUUCUCGCCAUGCAGGGCGCUUUCUGGUUUGGCAUUGACGAUUUCCAGACCAGACUCCUUGUCGCCGAGUGUAUGCUGCAACUUGCGCGCCAUCCCCAGGCGCACGUAAGGGCUGCAGCUGUAAUGACGAUAUGCCGCCUUGUCCUCUCGCCUGCCUCCGUCUUGGAUCACCGAUCUGCUGACAGUGUAGAGGACUUCUAUAGCAGCACACAGGAGUUCUAUCCCGGAGAGGCUGUGCGAAUCGAUGAAGGCAGGAGGUAUUCUGGAUUCUACAACGGCCAGCAAGCGUUCCCCCAGAAGCGAAUGAGAAGAACGCCAGGGGAGCUUCAGGACCUGGGCACGAGGAAGAAGAUGAAUCACCACACGAAGGCUUUUCCCGUGCGAGCACAAGUCGGUUACAUUCAGGGACUUUCAAGCGCGCCUUUGGGAGAGAGGAAAGCGCCGAGGCUGGUUACACUUCUGACUACGCGGACGGCAUCAGCAGACGUGACAGUUUGCAUGUAUCAAACAGCCCCUCUCGGCCGGAGGCUAAUAAGAGGAAUGCACAUGCUCAGGGAGGGGAAACAAGCUCACUGCCCGAGAGUCCGCGUGGAGCCGGAUCCGGUAGGCAGGGCGAUACGGACCUGCCUGGCGGCGACGCUGGGGCUGCGGCCCUUGUGGAAGAGGCCGGAGAGCUGCUUCGCGGCUCUCGCUACUCUAGGAAGGGGUCUGGGCAGAAAGAGUGGCAUGCGGACUUGA